CGUCUGUGGCGUUGUAGCGGUUCUGCUUCCGCCAGCUAACUCGUCUUGGAGCGGUGCUCCGAGGCUAUAGCUACAAUGUUAUUUAUACUUCUUUUAAUUUAUUGUACGCCCUUUGGUACCGCUUUUGAAAUGAAGUCUAUUUUUUGUUCCAUAUCUGACAGCUGCGACUGUGACUACAAACCAGACAUAAAAGGUUUAGAGUGGGACCUUUAUAAAAACCUUUAUGGUCAACAUAUGGCUCAGGAUAUUGUCUCGGAAGCAGUGGUCAAUUUUUUACAGAAUGAAAACCCUGACAGACCACUAGUGCUGUCUUUCCAUGGAGCAUCUGGCACUGGAAAAAGUCUGGUCAGCUCUAUGAUAGGAAGACACAUCUACGGUACAGCUAUGGGCAGUCCAUACAUCCAUCAGUUCAUUCCCACCUUACACUUUCCUUCAGCUGACAGGGUUCAGCAGUACAGGUCAGAUCUAAAACGCUGGGUCGAGAGAAACCUCACGGCUUGCGCUCGCUCUAUCUUCAUCUUUGAUGAGAUGGAGAAAAUGCCGCCUGAUGUGAUCGAUGUCUUAGAACCGCAUCUAGGUCCCUUUCAUGUUCUAUUCCAGACGAACUACCGCAAAGCCAUUUAUAUAUUUAUCAGUACUGUAGGUCAAGAGGUGAUUAAUAAAGCAGCUCUGGAGAGCCGUCAGGCGGGUAGAGAUCGAGAGGACAUGCUCCCUAAAGAGCUGGAGGACGGUAUUGCUGAUGCGGUGUACAAUAACAAGAAAAGUGGGUUCUACCACUCCAGAAUAAUUACAGAAAAGCUUAUCACUCGUUUUGUGCCUUUCCUCCCCUUGCUGCGGCGGCACGUGGAGCGCUGUGCCCAGCGGGAGCUCUGUCAGCGCGGCGAGUGUCAGCGGGACGAUGUGGCGGCGUCCGUAGGGGGCGCCAUGACUUACACGCCGACCGAAAGCCAAUACUUCUCCAGCACCGGCUGCAAAUUAGUCCCAGCUAAAGUGAACUUUUUCCUCUGAGGCUCAACUCUUAAGCGAAAUCUCUUAAGGAUGUUAACAGCGACUCUUGAGCUAUUGAGCACGGAGCCCUUGGCCGUGGAGCUACGGAAUGAAGCCGCCUGCAUCCGGGGACAUUCCCUUAUUUGUUUGUUUCAUCCAUAUGGAUGAAUUCAGAUGAACAAUGAGCGAGAUUCGGUAAAUAACUCUGGUUAGCUCUGCUUUGGCCGUUUUUAAUCAAGCGUGGAUUAAGCUUGUUGCUAGCUAAUAAAAGGACCGAUUCGGAGAGCUCUUCUCAGUUCUCUAGAACGCCGAAACAACCUACGACACACUCGGUUUAAGUGUGCAGUUAAUCAAGUGCACUCUGAACUUCAGUGAUUUAUUUAUUUCAUCAUGGGAUAUUCAUUUAACAGUGCUGUAUUUCUCCUGCCGACCACAGGGUGGCAGCAGUGCCUAAUUGAAGCAAGUGUUUUUUUGUCUCGCACAAUACCAUUGUAAUUGCAGGUGUAUUUUUUUUUAAGUUAUAUUACAUAUGUAAAUAUUGUAUAAUAAGCCUUCUUUUGGUUUUUUGAAUAAUUCACCGAAUAAAUCUGUUUUUGUUUUGCUUUUUCAGUACAAUCUCACAAUAUUAAUAGGGAUGUCUGUAAGCCGGAGUUCAGAUGCGAAAGUCUCUUAAGUGCCAUUUGUUAUUUGUUAUUAUUAAUCUAAAAUUAAAUAGGUUCAGUAAUUUCACUGGCAUUCCAUAGGUCUGUUCAUUGUAAUCAAAGUAAAAUAGCUAAACUUAAACAUAUAACAUAUAUAAACGUAUAAGGUCUGUGAAAAAGAAAUUUACAAGAAAUUUUCAGAUGCCCCACACACAUAUAAAUAUGUAAAUACAUAUAUAACUUUUACACGUUUAACUUGUGUGUGUGUGUGUGUGUGUAUACACAUUUUUCUUUUUUUUUACAAAAAAGUCAUCACGUUAUGAAUUAAAUUAACAGUCAAUUAAGGUAACAUUGGUA